AAAAAAGCGUUUAACUUUUCCUCCACCUCUCAUAAUCUAUCUCUCACACAUUCCUCCCACUCUCUCUUUCUCAUUCAGCCUCCUCAUCACCAACUUCUGUAUCUCCAUCUUUCACUCUACCUCUCUCUCUCUCUCCCCCACUCUCUCGGCCUCUCUCUUUCUCUUCCUGCCGCCUCCUCCUCCUACUCUCUCUUUUUAUUUGUAUCUCUCUAAAUUUAUUUAGCAUCUUUUUUAUACUUUAUUUCUCUUCUUCAUCUUCCGCUUGUCAAAACAAGAACCUUGGAUACCAGCUACUACAGUUGACGCCGUUCGAACGUCAAACAACAGAAUUGUUUAACGAGUGUAUAUACACAGAUACAUAAUAUAUCUACACACACGUGUAUACACGCAUUUAUUUAUUGAGAUAUAUAUACUGAGAGAUAUACCUAAAACACAAUGGGAGUCACAGAUAAACAAGUAAACGAUGCCCAACAAGCUUUCAACUUGUUUGACAAGAAGGGAGACGGCGCGGUACCCACUAAAGAGUUGAAUAAUGUGUUUAAAAGUCUCGCCCUGCAUGUUGCUGACCACAAACUGCAGUUGUGGGUUGACGAAAUGGACGAGGAAGCAACUGGUUUUAUCUAUUGGGACAACUUCUGCAUCCUGUUCAAGCGAAAAUUGCAGGAAGAUGAAGACGAACGUGAAGUGCGGGAGGCAUUCCGUGUGCUGGACAAGAACAACCAAGGAGUGAUUGAUGUUGAGGACUUGCGCUGGAUCUUGAAAUCUCUAGGGGAUGAUUUGAAUGAUGAAGAAAUCCAGGACAUGAUUAACGAAACAGACACAGACGGCAGCGGUACUGUAGAUUAUGAAGAAUUUUCUAAACUGAUGAUGGAGUGAGUUCUUGGGCUUAGAUAACAACGAUGAUGUUCCCCUGUGCAGAAGGGAAGAAGUGCUUAACCCCCACCCCAUUCCCUGGUAUAAAGAAAAGGUCUCUACAUAACCUGUUGCUCUCAAUUUAUGAACACUGCCACAGCUAAAACAAAAAAAUCACUGAAAAAUAAAUAAUGAAAUAAGUUUUCAAGAAAAUUAAAUAUAUCAAUAUUCAAUAAAAGCAAAAUAAACUCAGAUUUAACAAAUACAACACAUACGGAGACACAUAUAUAUGCAUACAUAUAUACAUAUAUAUAUAUUUCUAUAUACAUAUGUAUAUACGUAUAUAUGUGUGUGUAUAUAAGUGCCUUACAUAGAUAGACACACAGUCACACAUGCUUCUAUAUCAAUAAAUAUACUUUUAUACAUGUAUACAAAUACACAUAUGCACAGAUAAAUAUAUAAAUACAUGUAAAUAUAUAAAAGAAACACAAAAGUUUUCCCCAAAAUCUCUUCAAUAAUAAGUGCAAAUACGUAUAUGUGUGCGCAUAUAUAUAUUUCUUAGGAAUUUUUUUUUCUGCUAGCAGCUUCGUAUGCUAACAACUUUUCUGGUUUGGGUGGGGGUAUAUAUUUCAAUGUUUGGUGUAUAUUUCUUUUCAAAUACCCUAGCAAAGAUGUACACUCACACACACACACACACACACACUCACUCACUCACUCACACACACAUACUCACAAACACGCGUAUAAUAUGUUACAAUACAUCAUUAAUGCUAAAUACGUGAUAUCUAAACAAAAUACGAUGCCGGACGCAAUCCAUACCAAUUUUCCCAGUUGACUUCUUCCUUCCAUUAAAUUCUUCAGCCUUCCUCAU